AUGCUGCCGGCCCGCCACGCUGACGGCACGGAGAGCAUGCUGCCGAACCCCGACACGGACGACACGCACGGUCGGCACGCUGUCGGGCCCCGACACGGACGCCACGCUCGACGCCAGCACGGACAGCAUGCUGCCGGACCCGGCUUGGACGCCACGCUCGACGCCAGCACGGACGGCAUGCUGCCGGACCCCGACACGGACGCCGCGCUGGACAACUGCACUGUCGGCACACUACUGGACCCGACGUGGACGCCACGCUGGACAACUGCACGACGGGCACGCUGCCAGACCCCGACGUGGACGCCAUGCUCGACGACUGCACUGCUGGACCUGACAUGGACGCCAUGCUCGACGACUGCACUGUUGGCAUACUGCCGGACUCCGCUCCUGGAUGACAGCACGCUCGGUGGAAUCCACCGCCGAGGGCGACUUGCUGCUCGACUCCCGCUCGACAACGACUCGGAGGGCCUGCUUACAAAGCCCAACGGGGGUGGCACGCUUGACGACCGCACGCACGGCAUGUUGGCGGACCCCGCCGCGGCGGACCUCCCCGCGGACGUCAUGCUAGUCGAUGGCAAGGCCCCCCCUGCUUAUUAG